UGGGGCUUUUUAAAUCCAGGAGUUUCCGUGAGUAGUCUCCGUUGUCUUUGCGUGUGCCUUCCGUUAUCCCUGUCGCCGCCGGGCGCCCCCCUGCUCCCCGCAGGUUUUCCCGGGCGACGGAUGGGCUCGUGGGGCGGCGGUGGGAACCAUGAUGCCCGGGGAGACACCGCCCGCGGCGACCACGGCGGGAAUCGCGGCGGAAGCGGCCACAGCCUGCGCCAACUGCGGGGCCCUCCAACAGAAUUUAAAUGAAUAUGUAGCUGCCUUAGUUGCACUGAAACAAAAGAUAAUUGACACGGACCACUUGCUGACAGAAUACCAACAAAAGUGCAAUGAGCUUCAAGCUGCUAAAAGAGAGAACAGUACUCUUCAUCAGCAAGUGGAACAAAUGUUUCAGAAAAUAUCACCUUUAAAAAAGUGUCAGGAAGAGCUGGGGUCUGUGAAAGCAGAGCUAGAGGAGAAAAAGAGUUCACUAAAGAUAUACCAAGAAACCCAUCUGGAAUAUGCUCGAGUGAAGGAGGAAAUGGACAAAAGUGAUGCUGUGAAGAAGAAACUAGAAACUAAAGUGAAGAAACUCGAAGAGGCUGCAGCAAAACAUAUCCAGGAGUUCAAGCAACUGAAAGCAGAAAAGAAAGUUCUUGAGAAGGAAUUGAAGAAAGCACAGGAAAAGACUGGCGGCUUUCCUGGUAAAAAGCAGAAGAAAGUCUUGAAGAAUGCAGAGACCCAGAGUGAAAGAGAGAAUCCAGUAGGAAAUCUAAACAAAGAAAAAAUUAAGCUUCUAUUGAAGGAACUCUGGAUGUGCAUUGAUGGCUCUACACCAAGUCAAAUCAGCAGAAAUGAUUACUUCUUAGCUGAUUUACAUGAUCAUUCCCGCUCACAUGGAAAAACUAAAACAAUGCAGAAUCUUUCAAAGUUCAAGAAAUCUCAAGGAAAGGCUCCUACUUAUAGUUCUUCAACUGAAAGCCACACACCACAAACUUCUUUGACAUCACUUCAGAUAAAAUUGGACAACAGUCCUGCCAGAUGUGGUGAUCCACCAGAAAGCAAGGGCAUGGAAACUACUGAUGCUUGGGACAGUACUCUUUGUAAAAACCAGUCUCUACAGCACAUCACUCAGACAGAUUUAGCAGCAAGUUGUAUGGAUCAUUUCAACAAGGAUCAGGAAGAACUUGAUGAAAUUAUGAGAGAUGUUUUCAAUUGGUUUACACCUCUUCCCCCUCUGCUGUCUCCCAUAAAGUUUUCACCUGCUGCUACUCCAGAUAUAUUGUUCGGAGACAUAACAGAUUCCAGUGAUGAUGAAAUGAAUGAAAAUGCACAAAUGCUGGAAAACAUUAUGGAAAAAAGCGAUCAGAGUGAACCAGCAAUUGAAACUGUUCAAGAAAAUCAUUCAUCAGGAUCUUGGAACAAAUGCAGCAGUUCUAGUAUUAAUCUUGCAAAUAAUGAUCUUCAAGAACCACCUGAAAAACUCAGAAAAUUAAGGGAUGAACAGUCAGUUCUGUAUCCUGACCCUUUGACAGCAACAUCAACAUACUUUAGUGAGAAAGAUGCCACAUCCAAGAAUCAAGAGAGGCAUCUAGAAGAGAAUUCUGACUUUAUGGAAAUACACACAGUGACUGGCAAAACAGCACAUAGUACAGAAAGCUUCAGUGAAAAGACUGUCAGUACAACAGAUAGACUCCUGUUGCCAAGUUUAAUGUCCAUUAACCUACAAGGUCAACAAGAAACAGUCAAACCAGUGUAUGUUCAGGAAAUGCUUACAGGAAGCAUCGUGGAUGUGCUAGAAGACUCCAGUGCCUUUAAAGAAGAAAAAGGAAAGAAAGAAUUAGCUAGAACAAAAUUAGACGAUUGGCCUCAGCCACUUCAAGAUAGAGACCCUCAGAAAAUUGAAGGACUGACAGGAGGAGGAGUGAAAGAUGUCAGUGACAACAUCCAGUCUGAAAGUAAUUCCAUAAAAGCAUGGUGUGUUGAUGAAGAGCCCACUGAACAAAAUGCAGCACCUGAAGUAUGUAGUGCAGACAAAAAUGACGAACAAUUCAUGGAAAAGAAAAUGAAUGUCAGCACCCGUAAAUCCCUUUUUGGAGCAGAACGUCAACUUGAGCUGGUCCAGCAGCAGAGUGCUGAGGUGCCAUUUAGACAGCCCAGCAAAAAAGUGAUUAAUGCCUCAGAUACAGGUACCAAAUCACAAUAUGUAGAAGAAGGCCAUAGCCGUGCACAGAAAUCCAAUGAGCAAAAUGAGAUGGAAGCAAAUGGCAAAGGAUUUGUGAAUAUAGAUGCUCUGAGUCCAGAGCUGCAUUUUACAUUGGAAGCAGUUGGAUGCACUGAAUCAUUGUGUCAUGUAGAUGAAGUAGUACAGAUAGGAAAUGAAUGCAGCAUUACUGCUUCUGUUCCUACCAAAAAUAUAGAUGAUAAUCCACUGAAAACAGCAGAUAGCAUGACUGAGGAACCAAAAUCAAUGGACAUAAAAAAGGAAGGUCUGCAAGAAGAACAGGUAAUGGACCAAAAAGUUUUUGCUAAAUUACCACAAGAGACAGGUGGUAAAAGUGAUUCAGUGAUACCAGCUCAAACAUUUGUCAUCAAAAACACUUUGCUACUUUCUGAAGGACUUGUUGAAUCUAAUAGUGUGGCCUUUGAACUGGAGAAUGUCACUGAAAGUGCUUCAGAAUUGGACUGCACUGAAAAUAUGGGCACUGAAUCUAAAUGUGCAUCCAAAGUAGAUAGUGUUUCAAAUAGCUUUCAGACUGCAGAGAUAUCUAAAGAAGAGGAAUGUUUGGUUUCCAGCAGCAUACAGGAAAAAGGCAAUGAAUCACUGAAUAUCACAGAAAAAGAGGCCAUACAUUCUCUUAUGGUAGGAGAAGGCGAAAAACCAUCUGCUUUGGGAACUAUGUAUAAUGAGAAAGUGAGUUCAUUAUCUAGAAAUCUACAGUGUGGAACAAAUGACACAUCUCAAGAGAUGUCAGAUUGGUAUGGUAAGAGCAAUUCAUCUUCUCUAAAGAAAUAUGCUACAGAAGAGACAGAAAAGAAUGAUGGCUAUUCUGUAGCAAAGGAGAUGGUAUCAGAACACAUCAAGAAUGAAGGUGCAGUUCCAUCUGAGCAAAAUGUGUCAGAGCCUGAAAACAGAGAUAUUGAAACAAUUUUGACCACCACAGUGAAGUCCACUACAGAAUCCAUUGGUGUCACUUGUCCUAACCUUGAAGUCAAUCUUGGGCAUUUAAGCAGAAAUGUCCAAAACUCUGGUGAUGAUUCAGUUGCACCAUCUCACAUCCCAACAUGCAUUGUACUUUCGUCUAUAAUUAGAGAAAUGCGUGCUUGUGUUAAUUGUCCUAAUUCCGGAGAAGGUUUGAAGGGUAAAGAGGGAAAUAUUAAUGAUUCUGAGGAAAGUAGCCAUAGAACCAUUGACUGGCUUUCUAACAGUAAAAAUGAAGUACAGUCACUUUCUGGUGAACUGCAGGCACUAAUUAAAGGUUAUCAUGGUGGAAAUAAGUCUGAAGCAUUGACUCCUGAAGCUUCUAGUCUAAACAGUAUAGAUGUUCCGACACAAAACAAAUCAGUCCAAAAUGAUGAGGAACUUGUUAUUCCUGAUAAAUCAGGGACAUCUUCAAAUACUGUAAAACAGACCCUUGAAGCAACAGCUAAAGAAAUAGCUGCACUAUUAAGCAGUGAUAUAAAAUCUGAAACUGUGGAUGAGGCAAAGAUGUCAGAAAAUACGAUUGUGAACUCACCUGUCUCGGAUUCCUCAGAAGAAGAAACUUGCCUGCUAAGAAAGGUGGAUUUCACAAAAACACCUCCAAGGUUUGCAACAGCCAAAGAUGGAUUGGAGGGCAUAAGAAGCAGUCCUACAGGUACAUUAUCUAUUAUAAGUCCAGAUGAUGACGUGCAUGAGUUAUCUCAGGAUGCAGAAAGUGCCUCCCUAAAAGAUGGACAGUCUGCAAUAUGUGACACUGAUUCUCAGAUGAUUGCAUGGGAACAUUCAUAUGCAGAAAGGUUAACAUGUAGUGAUGAAAAUGCCUUAUUAGAAUUGGAAGACUCUAUAGCAACAGAGAAGUCAGGUGAGAGGCAAACCGAACAAAAUAUUCCACCAGUUUUUUCACUGCCAAGCCAGGCACUAACAUAUGAGAAAUCUCUCUCCAGAAAGUUGUCAGCCAGAAAUCUGGAGAUUGAUAGUGAUACAUCAGCACCAGACACAAAGCACAGUGGUGUUAGUGUAGAAACCUCUGACGUUCAGUCAAACAUUUCUGAAGAGAAGUCAAGUCCUGCGCAAGGAAGAAGCUUUGCUGCUUCAGAUUUGGAGCAAAGCCAGUUAACAUCUUGCCAUGCUGAAGAUGGUAAUAACAAGGAAUGCUGCGUAGAGAAUAAGGGAACAACUCCUGCUGUUAAAACCAACUUGAAUGCCAUGCCACCCACCUUCGAAUCUUCCAACUCUAUCUCUGAACAACAGAAAUUAGUAUCUGUGAAACUAGACUCGCUAGUUCUUUUUGAACCUUGUCCAAAAAAUGGAGCGGAGCAGGUUUCUAAACCAACAGAUUCUAUAGAUGCUGCAGAUGUUAAAAGUGGACAAGACAGGCUCUUCCACAGAAUACCAAGCUUUAAAGGAAGAAGGAAGAGUCGCCAUACCUUGCUGACUGAAACAAUAUUAGCUGAGGCAGAUACUUCUGCACCAACGAAACAUUGUCCAAAAACUCUAGCAAAAAUUAGGCAAGAAAUGGGUCCCCCUCUACCACCUUUGCUCCCCCCUCUGUUAGCUACGCCUCCAAGAACUGUUAAGCCUGUUUCCCCAAGAAUGUCUUUGUCUAGGCAAUCUUCCUUACCAUCCUCACUUCAUGAAUUAGUUUCUCCUUUAUGUGAAAUUCCAGUUUCUCCAUCGAUGUCACCAUUGUCAGAUACUCCAAAAUGUGAAUCCACAGCUACAUUGACCACCCCAUCUCCUUCUGAAAUGUCAGUAGGUCAGAGAACUCUGUCUUCUCCCCUUCAGUUUUGUGCCACCACUCCUAAGCAUGCCCUUCCUGUGCCAGGCAGACUUCCUCCAUCUGCAGCUAGCAGUGGAAUACCAUCUGUGCCUCAGGAAAAUUCAGUGAAAAUUUUGGACAGCAUGUAUCCAGAGCUAUCUGCUCGAGCAAGAACGCUCAACAUCCUGAAAGGUAACAUUCAGCUCAGUAGGUCUUCUUCUCUAGAUAGCAAGAAUAUCCCUCAGCCUGUCCAUCAAAUCAGUGGCUUUAAAGCAAUCAAUUCCACAUCCACUGUUUUUGUUAAAACAGGAACAAAAAACAUGUCUUAUCCAGACCAGCCAUUCUCCAGUAUGAAUGAGACUGGGAAAAGGACACUGUCAUCAGUAGCUAUGCCAAAGGGUGCCAAAAGGCCAAGGCUGAAUAGCAGGUUACCAAAUUUGGAAAUCUGCAAGGAAGAGCUUUCAUCUGUAGUCUCAGAUGUGGAUCAUCAGUGCCCUGCUGAUGAAACUGUCUCCCUGGGCAAUGAGGAUGCCACUCAUUCAGUUGGUGACUGCAAUUCAGAACUGCCUUUGUCAUUUGAAAAAACUGAUGAUCCUGACAGUAGAGCUGUGGCUGCAGCAUUGGAAAAGAUUGCCAAAGACUGUUUUGACGUAUUACCUGUUAUUCGUAGCCAUGUUCUUGUAGGCAAUACGUUAAGGGUACCAGUAAUGAGAGAUGAAGAGAAAGAAGUGGUCUAUGAACUCAGUGUUGCAAAGAAGUCCCUAGCUGAGCCAGCAUUACAAGCUAUUUUGAAUAAGCUGAAGAAAGAGAAGAUGUCCUUGAGCCACAAUUAUAUUCAGUCCCUUUGCAGAGUAUAUGUGGGAAUUUGCCGCCAACUGGGAGAUUUAGAAAGAGCACGCCUGUUUUGCUACAGUCUCUUGAAGGAAGACCUUCCCCAAUCUGAUAGGCUGACCUUAUUUAUUGGAAGUAUAUGGAAUGAAAUAUUCUCCUCUGAAGGUGUAAUCAAUAAAGCGAUCCAAUUAGUAGUCAGACAGCGUGCAAGAGGAAACGUACUGCAUUGCCUGAACACCUACCUGAAUUGGGAAGAGAGUACCCUUUUAGAUGCUGGGAUGAUGAUCUCCAGCUUGCUUUUGGCAAUCCAGUUGUGUCCACAGAUGGAAUUUCAACUUAGUGAACAAUAUGGAGAAGAUCUGAAUGAGAGUACAUGGGAAUAUGUGUUUGCUAUUGACCUGCUCUGCUCACAUCAAAAGUGGUGUUGGACCCAUGAUAAUAUCAUAAGCAAAGAGCUCUGGCCUAUCAUGGAUAAGUGGAUAAAAAACAGAAAGAACAAUGGAAAUGCUUCCUCCCCUUCUGAAGUAAUCGUAGCAACAGUGCUAAGGCUGAUUGGUCGUCUAGGCCAAAUAGGGCUGAGAGAAGGAUUUUCUUCUGCAGUGGAAAAUAUCAGUUCUGUUAUUGGAGCCUUUCUUCAGCACGCCAAAGAAAAAGAUGUGGCCUGGGGUGUCCAGCUAGCAGCAGCAUAUGCACUCUGUGACUUGAGCCCCAGCAGUCCACCUAAAAUACUGGAAGUCCUUCAAGCUUGGGAACAAGUGAACACAAACAGCCUUCCCCCUGCUAUCACAAAUGGCAUAGCAGAUGUCAGCAGUCUAGUGAAGUGUGCAGGAAGACAAGAAGAGUGGUCGGCAACGUAAUGUUAUUUGCUCCCCCACCCUGAAGGAAAAUGGGACACGCAAAAGGGGAGUGGUGCCUCUGUCUCCUGGGGAAGGCAGUAAGAACCAUUUGGGUUGUGUACAAAGAUCAUGAAGCCAUCCCUGUACAAUACGGUGUGAAGUACUCUGGCUUGUAGCAGAAAGCAGUAACAAUAACCUAUUGAAAAUCACCCCAUCUUUCAACUCUUAUCUAUGCGAAUAGAAAUGUUCUCUUGAAAAUCGUCUUCCAAAAAGUGGGCUUCAUUUUCCUGAAGUUUUGCUCACUCUUUAAUUUUACCAAAUGCUCUCCAAAUGUCACUGGAAACUCAGUUGAAAUGUUACUUCUUGACAAAUUUGUUCCUCCCGUUCAUGUAUUCAUCAUUGUGUGGAAGCUUAGUGAUUUCUUAAGAGAGCUAAUGGCAGUGUUAAAACUUAAUUGCUAUGUGUGAGGAAUACUUUUAUCUCACUUCUGCCUCCCCAAGCAGGAUUUUUAUGUCAAAUGAUAUUUUUUCAAAAUGCUGCAGACUUUUUUUGACCAGAAGUGACAGUUAUGCAAUAGAAGUACUUGCACACCAUGGGAAAUAAUCCUGUUAUAAGGCUACUUACUGCUCUCUAGAGAACAGAUCAGCUGCUAUUGAUCUAUCACAAAAGAAAAAUACAAGUGAUAGGAUAGAAAUAUCUCCUUUUAAUGGAAGCAUGAUCUAACAGUAUAUGGAAGAUUGAAAUGACUUCUCUGUGAGAAUGUGUAUAUGUGGUAUAUUCAUAUAAUGUGUUUCACAUUUCAAAUUGUCCCCCUUGGGGAAUAUUAUUAUCUCUAUAUAUUAAUGGGAAUAAAAAUGUAUCAUGCAUUGUUUAAACCGCUAAUGUAGUUAACUCAUUUUGAGAAUUUUUUAAUGUAUCUAUAUAAAUGAUUUUUCUAAUAAAUACGGAUUCUGCAUUUAA